AUGCUUGCCUCCGAGAGCACGCAGUCACGGCAGGAUGCAUGGCUACCUCCCCCAGCCGUGAAGCAUGGCGAGGGCAUGAUGGAAUGGGCGGAGAAGCAGGGCCUCAAGGCUUCGAGCAAGGUGGACUUCUUCUCCCCAGCCAAGGCGCCCAGCCAGGGCUUCUGCGCACGAGCACUGGAGCACAUCGACGAGGGCGAGCUUUUGUUGAACCUUCCACUGGGGUCCUGUUUGAGGCCACUGCCCAAGGACGCUUUGGUAUCAGCCGAGGACACCUUUGUGAUGGAUGAGCAGCAGAAGCUAAUGCUGCAGCUUCUACACGAGGUGCUGGUUUCUGGCGCGAACUCCAGCUGGUUCCCCUACAUCCGCACCUUGCCGCGUGCCUUCCCUACCCUGCCGCUCUGGUAUUCCGAGGAGGAGAGGCGCUUUCUCAAGGGCACCUCUGUGGAUGCCCUGCUGGAGGGCGGCCACAUCGCCAGCGACAAGGACCUCCAUGCCAUGCAGCAGUGUCGCGUCUUCAGCUGCCCGCCUUCGCUGGAGCAGCUGCGGUGGGCCGCCUCGGUGGUGGCCUCCCGCGCCUUCGACUCCAGCGGCGCCGGGGUGGUGCUGGCGCCCUUCGCGGACGCUUUGAACCACUCCGGUGCUGCGCCCCACACGCGGAUGAGAGAUUGCGGGGAGCACCUUGUGUUCCACGCGGAGAGGGAGAUCAACCCGGGAGAGGAGAUCAUGAACUGCUACGGCCUGCAGGGCAACACGCAGUGGCUGCUCAACGGCGGCUUCCUGGACCGGUCGCGGCCCUGCGACGACCUUUUGGUGACACCGCCGGACGUGGUCAAUGCUGCCCUGACGUACCUGCAGCGCAUGGACCAGGACGAUGAGCCUGAGGAGGACUCGGCUGAUGACGACGGACCGACUCCGGCGCAAGGUAGAGAAGCUUCGCUCUGCUCUCGCUUGUUCCUGCUGCAGGACCUGGGCAUCGGCGAGAACCCCUUCUGCCUGUCGCCUGCAGACCUACUGCCAGACGACCUGGCCACGAUGCUGCUGGCGAUUUGCAUGACCGACUCAGAGUUUGGUUCCUACCAGGAAGAGCGGGCUGCAGGCAGGAAGGCUUCCAUCGACCUGGGCGGCGAAGAGGGUGAGGCGCUGUCGGAGCAGCGCCUGGCGGAUCUCUACGGCUGCCUCCUGUGCCUGGUGGAGCUGCUGCAGCGGAGGUACGAGACCUCCUUGGAGGAGGACUUGGCGUUGCUCCAGUCCUUAGAUCUCGAGAUGGAGGUUUUGCAGCUGGAGCCGCCGGUGAAGCGCCCACGAGCGCUUCCACCUGGGGUGCGUCCCGAGAACGCGCGGAACAUCCUGCUGCUGCGGGUUGGUCAGAAGCGGGUCCUUGCAGCCUUGGCAGAGCAGGCAGCCGACUGCUUUGCAGCGUUGCGCCGCUCGGUCCCAGCCAUGGCGAACUGGGGGGUAAGGCCCCACACUUUGGUGGAGGCUGACCGCGAGCUUGCGCGAAUCUUUGUCGCCAUGUUCAAGCAGGUCACCGUCAGCGGUUCCGCACCCUCCGCGCGGCAUACCGGUGCUUGUGCGAUGGACUCCAGCGAUCGCAUGUGGAUCUAUGGGGGAAUUGUGACCGGGGGCGGCGGCAGUGCUUCUGAUGAGGUGUGGCGCUUGGACACGGUGGCGCAAAGCUGGACCCAGGUCUCCGUCACUGGCUCUCCCCCUCUCCGAUACUUCCAUUCGGCCACUAUAGACUCCAACGACGUCAUGUGGAUCUUUGGCGGAAAAGCCGUUUCUAGCACGAACAACAACCUACUGUUCACCUUGAACACGGCGACCGAAGCUUGGGCUGAGGUCGUUGCCACGGGCUCUGUGCCAACAGCUAGGAACAGGCACAGUGCGGCCAUGGACUCGAGCGACCGCAUGUGGAUCUUUGGUGGUUAUGCCGACGGCGUGAACUUGAAUGACUUGCACUACUUGGACACACCAACAGAGAAUUGGGUCCCGGUCACCGCAAGGAACCACAACCACCGCAUCAACUUCCAGCACUACCACGUCAACUUUCAGCACUACCACUUCAAGCACCCGCACUGCAACGUCAAGCUCCAGCAUUACAACAUCAGUGUCUAG